CUCUCCUCUAUGAUAUACCCAAAGAGCACAAUCAAGAGCACGUCAGAGUCCAUUGGAAUCCCAAAGCUCAAGGACGGCAUCUCGGCGGCCAUGGCGCAGGAUGUUGAGUACCGCUUGCACGAGAUUAUCGACGAGGCAGUGAAGUUCAUGCGGCACUCGAAGCGCACAAAGUUGACGGUGGCUGAUGUCAACAAUGCGCUGCGCGUGCGCAAUAUUGAGCCCAUCUAUGGAUUUGAAGCCGGACGUCCGAUCAAAUUCAACAAAGCGGCGACGGCGCUGGAGGAGAUCUACUAUGUCGAGGACGAGCUAAUAGACCUGGACACGUACCUGGAGGAGCCGCUGCCCAGCGUGCCCCUUGAGGUUGUCUACACAUCGCACUGGCUUGCCAUUGAGGGCGUGCAGCCCAGGAUCCAGCAGAACCCGAUCCCCCUUGACGACGAGGAUGCGCCGGCGAAGAAGCAGGCUCGGCCGCACGCGCAAAAGACAGAUGGCACGAGUGGUGUGGAAACAGUACCGCUGGUCAAGCAUGUGCUGUCGAAGGAGCUGCAGCUCUACUUUGAGUGCAUUACAGAGUCUCUGCAGAGCAGCGAUCUGGCAGUCAAAUCGACUGCGCUGGAGAGCAUUGCAAUCGACGCAGGAAUCCACCAGCUGGUAACAUACUUUAUCCAGUAUAUUGCCGAGACAGUCAAGUCCAACAUCCACAGCCUCGAUGCACUGAAGACGGCGAUGGCGGUUGCGCGUGCAAUCCGCAAGAACCCGAAUCUCUUUGUCGAGCCGUACAUGCACCAGCUGAUUCCCUCGCUGCUGACGUGCCUGGUUAGCAAGCGGCUGUGUGAGAGUCCGGCCGAGGACCACUGGUCGCUGCGUGACGGCGCUGCUGACCAGAUUGCCGAGAUCUGCCAGCAGUUCAGCCGCUCCUACCAUACGCUGCAGGCGCGGAUUGCGCGCACGCUCCUCCGCGCCUUCCUGGACCCGACAAGGCCACUGACCACACACUAUGGCGCAAUCACAGGCCUGACCAAGCUCGGUGUCAACAUCAUCAAGGUCCUGAUCCUGCCGAACAUCAAGACGUACAUGACUCUGCUGGAUGCCGAGAUGGCCAAGGACAACCAGCAGCUGGUCAGCGACGGCAGGCACUGUCAGGAGGCGCUUCUGGGGGCGCUGAGAGCGCUGGCGCUGGAUAAUAAGGAGCUGGAUGCGGCUAGCCUGACCAGCGUGCAGAAGUCGAAACUGGCUGAGAUUGUCGGCGAGACCUUGGCCAGGCUUGUGUUUGCCGAUGGGGACGGUGGUCGAAUUGUCGCGUAUUUGCUGGCCCAUGAGCGGGCUAGCAAGGACUCGUCGACUGCCUCCACAUCAGAAUAA